AUGACACAAGUACCAUUAGUCGAUCAUACUCAACGCAUUCCGUUUACAACGGAACAUUCUACUACUAUUGAUUCUAAUAGUUUAAAAGAAAUAAAUGAAUAUAAAUGGCAACGAUGUUGGAAUGAAAGACGUAAAUUACAUCGAAAUCGUAAUUAUAAUAAUGAAUGUGAUUGUGAAUGUGGCAGCGAUGAAGAUGAUAUUUUUGAAUUAGAAGAUUUGGAUAGACGUCUACGUCAACUUAAAAAUUUCAAUCGAAUACCAAAGUCAAUAGAUGAUAAUUUUGAAAUCGAUGCUCUUGAACAACGGAUCAAUAUUUUACAAGAACAAAUAAUUAUGAAAAACAAUAAACGUGCAUCGAACUUCUAUGAAGAAUGUAUGCAUGAAGCACGAGUGAUGUUGCAUCGAAUGCGAGCACCAUUAUGUGCUGAUGAUCAAGAAUGGAAAAGAAUGCUUGAUAAUCUUGAAAAUGAUAUGGAAGUAGAUGAGGAAUAUAUAAUUAAUCAACAAGACAAUCGAAUUUUAAAUUCUAUCAUCAAUGAAGGUCCUAUGAAAACACUACCGACUGUUUAUCUUAAUAAAAACGAAAAAAACCAUCCUCAUUCAUCCGAAACAACAAUUGUAUUUAAUAAUGCUACUGAAUGUCACAAAUACAUAUCAUCUUUACAUGAACCGAUCCAAUUGAUUAUUUCAAAUGAAUAUAUUAAUGACAAAGAACUUAUGAAAACCUUCUAUAAUAAUUUCAAAAUUAGUUCUAUAAUACAAUUAGAUGAUAAUAAUGAAAUUGAACAGAAGCAAAGUUUCAAACCAUUGUUACUACGCAAUCAACAACGUUUAAUAAUUAUUAUUCUUACAUCAGAUAGUCAAGAUGACGAAAUAUUAAAUCUUAGUAAACAAUUGAUUCUAACUACUGAUUGUAUUAAUAUUUUUGAUAAUGCUGUAGAUUGUUUUGAUUAUAUUUCUACAACAAAAAAUUCUCUUAUUUCAGUUAUUGUUCUUGGUGAUUAUGCAAAUAAUCAAAAAAUACUUAAUAUGCUCAAUGAAUGUCCUUCAGUAACAAUGAUUUAUUGCCAGACAGAUAAUCAAGAAUUCACAAAUAUUUAUCCUAAACUUCAAGCUACAUUUAUUGAACUUAAUCCACUUUGCCAACGUAUUAAUACCAAUUUGCCUGUAGUACCUGAGACUUUCAAUGUAUUCAGUCCAAAUAAUAUCGAACAAUCAAUUCGAGAUCUUAAUACAGAGAAUAUAGCAUUUAUAUGGUAUCAAAUUAUGAUUGAUCUUAUACGAUCAUUUCCAAAUACAGAUCAAACACGAAACAAUUUUCUAAUGGAAUGUCGACAACAAUGUAUCGGUGAUAAUUAUCGUCUGCGAGAAAUUGAUGAUUUUGAACGGAAUUAUCGUUCGACAGCUGCAUGUGAAUACUAUAAAAAAACAGCAUGUUUCUUUCAAAUUAUUAAUGAAGCAUUGCGAAAACAGAAUGUAACAAAAAUUUACAAUUUGAGAAUGUUUAUCAAUGAUAUUUCUACUCAAAUAUUAGAAAAAAAUGAUACAACUAUAAAAAAGAUCACAGUUUAUCGUGGUCAAUGUAUUGGUAAUGAAGAAAUUGAUAAAUUACAAGGAAAAGAAGAAAGUUUCAUAGCAUUUAAUUCAUUUUUAUCCACAACUCUAAAUGAAGAAGUUGCGAACGCUUUUGGUGGUGGUGGUUUUUCAACAAAUUCUGAAACUCAUUCUUUCUUAAUUAUAGAAAUUGAAACAACAACAAAUAUGUGUUGUGAUCUUAGUAAAUAUCCUGGUUUUCCCGACGAAGAGGAAUAUUUAUUUAUGAUUGGAACUAUAUUCAAAAUAAUUUCAUUUAAAUUUGAAUCAAAUAAAACUUAUAAGAUGAAACUUUCCUGUUAUGAAGAUCAAGAUUGUAAACAAUUGGAUAUUAUUAAAAAACAUUUUCAACAAAAGAUUUCAUUUGAUUAUGGUCCAAUUAAUCUUAUUUGGGGACGUUUUCUAUAUCAUAUAGGAGAAUAUAAUUCAGCAAAAGAAUAUUAUAUAAAAUUAUUGGAAGAAUUAACAAAUAAUCAAUCGGAUUUAAUUAUUACAAUCACAAAUGAUCUUGCACAAAUAUAUUUUCGGCAAGGUUUAUACAUUGAAGCGAAUAAUUAUCAAGAAAAAGCUUUAAAUCAAGCAAAUCAAUUAUUUCCAACAUCAAAUGAAUCUAUUCUUUAUGAGAAUCAUGGAAAUAUUCUUGUCAAACUAAAUAAAUAUGCCAAAGCACUUGAUGCUUAUCGACAUGCAUUAAUUAUUGAAAAUAGACGAAAACCACAAAGAAAAGAACAUCUCGCACGUAUUCAUUCAAAUAUGGGUAUGGUUCAUAAUUAUUUACAUCAAUUUCCAUUAGCUCUUCGUUGUUUUCGUCAUGCAUUUCAAAUACAACGUCGUAUAUCACUUGCUAAUGCAACAGAUUUAGCAGCUACAUGUAAUAAUCUUGGUAUUGUUUAUACAAAUAUUGGAGAACAUAAACUCGCUCAUAAAUAUUAUUCGGAAGCUUUUAGUAUCGCAUUACGUUCUUUACCAUAUGAUCAUCCAACAACACAAAUGUAUUUAAGAAAUCGUGAUAUUUAUUUAACUGCAACACCCCUACAUGAAAACAAAAAACCAUAUUUUAUUGAAAUCGCACAUUUAUAUAGACGUGAUAGUAAUGCUACUAUAGCUGAAAUUGAAAUUACACUUGAUUCAGCAAAUAACUAG